AUGCCUGCAGCAACAAGUGAAUUAGGAAAAAGAAAGAGGAAGAAGAAGGUUCUUGAUGAAGAUUUUGUAGAUAUUGAUGAUUCUAGCAAUAAGAUGGGUGAGGAUGAUGAACGAUUGGAACUACCCGAGGAUGACAAUGAUCUCGGAGUGCAUAGUACUUCAUCUUCUUCCUCCCGUUCUUCCAAAUCAAAGCAAACGGUGAGCAGCAAAAAGAAGAAGAAAAAGCAGUCUUCCUCCACUUCUACAAUUUCAGCAUCAUCUUCAUCAUCGGAAGCAUCUCCAGUCUCAUCACCAAUACAGCAGUUAUUUGAGCUUCAUGCUCCUUCUUCUUCAACAAGGGUUUCUAAUAGUACUAUUAGAAUGAACAGCGACAAUGAAGAGCAUGCCUCCGAAGAAGAAGAAUCUCCAACCUCCACUGUACCCAAACCAGUGUUGGUUUCCCCCACAGCUUUGUUUUUACCUCAAGUUGACCAAGAGAGCAUCAAGUCAUCAUCAUCCAGUGUACCAAUAGCAACUACGGCAUCAUCAUCUAACUCGAAAAGAAGAUUUAAAACCAAGUCAACUCCAGUCAGUACAAGUGGAGCGACUUCAUCACCAACCGCAAGUACGGGCUCGCCAUCUUCCGACUCGGACAGAAAAGUUGUGCCCAGGAGGACCCUAGUGCUUGUGAAUCAACCCUCUCUUUCAUCAGCACCAACGACAUCUGUAUCUUCCUCUUCGUCGCCGACAAAUGUUGGAACAUUGAAUAACCUUAACCCAAUCAAGACCAUGGCCUUACCUCUCAAUCAAUCCUUAACCAACAACAGCACUUCUCAAGAGCGAGUACCUCCUUCCAGCAAUAGUAUUCACAGUCCCUAUAAUGUGGAUGAUUGGUCAUUCAUAACCAAUCGCAAUGGCAUUACGGUGGAAUUUAAAAAAUCAAGAGAUGCAGCCUUUGUUUCUUCAUUCCCAAAAGUGUUGUACACUCUCACUUGGAAGCACAAGUAUGAUCUUAAAAUUGUUACAGAAGAUCCAGUCUUUCAAGGAGUUUCAAAUAAGGUCAUGAUUGCCAAUGUACAGGUUGACUUGGUUAUGGGACGCGACUUUACACUCCCAUCAUAUGAGCCAAGUAAAUCUACCAAACAAAAGGCCUCAUCUUCUGGUGAGGGAGAAGAAAAUGGACGAAAGAAAAAGUCCCACAAAAAGCCCAGCGAUGUUGAAACCAUCACUCUUACUUCCGCCUCCAAAGAAAAUGACAAUUCUAUCAUACUGAGGUUCGGUAUUAAUAGGACCUAUUGCUCUAAGAGGUUCAAUUAUGCUCCAUUUCGAUUGAAGAUCGAUUAUACGGGCCCCACACCUUUCACAAUUUAUUCUCCAAUAUUUCAUUCGUUUGCUAAAAAGUUGAACGAAUUUACCGUGAAAAACGUGAAUGAAAUUCUCAAAAGAACAGAUGAAUCCCUAGUACUUCCACUCGAGAACGCUGACGAGAUGUUAACCCCUUUCCAAUCUGUAUUUUGUGAUACAAUUCCUAACGCGAGUCCAGCCCCAUCCACAACUAUUCCAACAAGUCAAGUUAUAUUUGUGGUGCAAAACGGGUCCACACAAAGCAAUUCAACCUCUAACACCGUAACCAGUGACACAAACAAGAUUCAUGAGGAUGCUAGUCUGUUGUUGUCACUUGGAGGAUUGUUCAAGUAG